CCACCACCCAGCACCCACCGCAAUGGAUGCAUCGCAGGUGCCGCAACUGCGUGGACGGUUCGCCAAGCUGGUCCGCAUUAAGGCGCCGGUGUUUGACAUUGGGUCGCUGCGCGCGAAUGCUCCGGCGCUCAGGUAUCUCAGCAUCACAGGCACAGGCGGUGGAUCCUCUGAUACUGGUGCGCUGAUGCUGCCGACUGGCAACGACAUCCGGUCGCUGGUCUCUGCUGGAAUACCGCUGCAGCGUGCUGUCAUCUGUGGCCAGAUUGUCCCAUUAAGUUAGUAGCUAUGCAUCUUGGCCAUGCAUACACCCUCAAUAUCAAUAAUCUAGUAAUAUGAACGAUCCAAAGCGAUGACACAUGUCGCCAUUAAAUACCACCUGACAAAAC